AUGCUGAAUGUGCAACUUGAACGUAGUCUUCAACUCCAACACGCAUUCAAACUGCACAGCCAACAACGAAUCACAGAUGCCGUGUUCAAUCCGCUAGUAAUUGCCGUGUUCAAGGCGUUAUUUACGCGCUUGUACUUGAAGAAGCAGUUCCAGCAUCGAUUUCAGCCUUCGUCUUGA